CUGCUGCUGCCGGGUCCCGUGUUGUAUAAUGUCUGCAGUGCCAUUGUUUAUGUUACUCUGAUUUGGAUUUACGACAGUGGAGAUUUGAAAAAAGAAAGAAAAAACAAAAUGGGGGUUCGAGAAAGAUUGAACCAUUAAGGGAAAAUUAGUCAAGUCUUUGGCCUUGGAAAAUACUUUUAAUGAGUGCUCUUGGAGGAGGGAUAAAUAUGGACCUGCGGCCGUAUGUUAUUGUGUUGGUUUUAACUCAUUAUGUGCCUUUUAUUCGAGGACAAGGCAUUGCAGCGUUGGGCGGUGACGGAGGAAGCGAUGGAGGCGUUGCAGCAGUGGGCGAAGGUGUCGACGGAAGCGCAGGAGGCUGCCAGGAUCUCCAUCCCUCUUGCAGGGGGUGGGGGGAGAGGGGGGAAUGCGAGAUCAAUCCGGCAUACAUGCUUGCCAACUGCCCCGUCACGUGCGACUCCUGUAUGCCUCAAAGCGCAGAAGAGUGCGUGAAUCGUGCGGAUUCCUCCUCCUGCGACCUGGAGGCCGUCCUUGGCCGCUGCAAGACCAACCCUUCCUACGCCCUUCGCUUCUGUGCCGGAUCCUGCAGGGACUUCAUUGACGUGUGCGCGCGCGCGGACACUCGAGAUUGUACUGGACCUCAGUCGAUUACUCAGCCAGACUUUGAGUGCGGCGCAGUCCCGUCUCCAGCGCGCAUGGGUGUCCCGCCGCCAGCAGAAGAGGGGCCUCCUGACGGAGGCCGUGCGCGUCCUGCGAGGUGGGAUGUUCGCUUCGAGGUCGUCCGGUCCGCGAGGAGGCUCAGCGUGGACAAAUGGCGGCAGAAGAAGAGGCGCCUCCAAGGGCCAAGGCAGAGCGAGGGCUGCGUCGAGGUCUUGGAAGAAUGUGGUGUCAGUACAUCUUCCACCCCUUCCACCACCACCGCUUCCACCACCCCUUCCACCACCCCUUCCACCACCCCUUCCACCACCACCUCCUCUUCCACCACCCCUUCCACCACCACCUCCUCUUCCACCACCCCUUCCACCACCACCUCCUCUUCCACCACCACCCCUUCCACCACCACCACCCCUUCCACCACCACCGCUUCCACCACCUCUUCCUCUUCCACCCCUUCCACCACCACCUCUUCCACCACCACCCCUUCCACCACCACCCCUUCCACCACCACCUCUUCCACCACCACCCCUUCCACCACCCCCUUCCCAACAAUUCCAACGACCUUAAUUACGGAAGUAGCAACAGCAUUAGCGAAAAGGAAAAAGAAAAAAAAGAAAAAAAAGAAAGAAAACAGGAGAGGGAGGGAAGGACGGCAAGAUGGCGGCGAUUGCAUCAUCAUUGUGCCCAACCCGGACUGCAGCCUCACGACCACUAUGUCCACGACCACCGCCACGACGACCACCGCCACGACGACCACCAGUGAAGCCGCAACUGUGCCUCCAGGAAUCGUCCAGGGAACCGCCGGCGCACUGAUCGCCGCCUUCGCGUCAGUGCCCGUCGUUGCUGCAAUCGUUGGGGUCAGCUCUAGCGCCGCGGCAGCGGCAGCAGCGGCCGCUGCGGGAGCUGGAGGUGCAGGAGCAGGAGGAAGUGCGGCAGGAGGCCAGGGAGGCCAGGGAGGCCAAAGCGGCCAGGCUCCGUCGUCGCAGCAGUCCAUUCAACAGCCUCCUACACAAAUGCAGCCUCCUCCACCACCACCACCGCCGCCGCCGCCACCGCCGCCGCCACCACCGCCGCCGCCACCGCCGCCGCCACCGCCGCCGCCACCGCACCGCCACCGCCGCCGCCGCCACCGCCGCCGCCGCCGCCGCCGCCGCCACCGCCGCCGCCGCCGCCACCGCCGCCGCCGCCGCCACUUGCGGUUCCUCCUCUACCUGUGGUUCCGCCAUCCUUCAACAGAGCUGCAGCGAAAUCACUGGUGCCAAACUGUGACUCCAGCGGAUACAUACAAGUUGCAACCGAACUGCAGGCCCUUGUUGCAGGUCACACAGGGAGACCCUUGGACCCCGUGUCGUUUGGGCUCGUGGAGACGAUCUUCUUCUGUAAGUUUGGAUCAGGGCAGAAUCCUCCUCCCUCCGCCUUCACUAUCUUCGCAGGGGGAGGGCCUGCCGACCUCCCCCUCCCUAGUACUUAUCCAGGUCUUAGUUAUCCGGGCUUAUUUCUCCACGACAACACGACAGUCGACUCAACUGCCCCCUCAGUGCCCGAAGCAACACCACCUUCUCUCGGCGCCGGAGUCGGGCCGGCAACUGGCGAACCUCCCGAAGAAACCACGGAGGGAAUGAUGCCUCCUGUAGAUGUAACGGAUGUCCCUGAAGUGAUAACUUUGGGCGAUGAUGAAGAGGACGAGGAAACGGAAGAGGAACUCGAUUACGUUACCGACGACAACGAAGGCCCGAUACUUGUGACGGAGGGAAACGAUCGCAACAGG